AUGAGCGACUCAUGGCAAGCCCUAGCUGGAGUUCGGCUGACUGCUACUGGUGCGGCUACGUCGAGCGUCGAAGAGCGCACGCAGUACCUUGACACGGAGGUUCGGACUCUCGAGGGCAUACUGGCACAAGCAAAGCAGCUUCAAAACGCGAUCAACCCCUUCGCCUCUCUCCCUGAAGAGAUCCUCCUCUAUAUCAUGACUCUUCAUCGUGAUGCAGCCUCCGCAUACCGAAGCGUCUCAUACCAUCUGGCGGACGGUGCGCUGGUGAAUCCAAAGGACGCCUGUUGGAGCUGUCACUCUUCCACGUUAUGGACGAGCAUUGCAUGCGUCUGUCGUCGCUUCAGGGACGUAGCCCGUGCGCCUGUACUCUUCACAGAGCUGUCCGAUCGCAGCCUGCCUCCGCAGCUUAUUAUGCGCUCCCUCGAGCGCUCUCGAGCCACUUCGGCCGGAGCCGCUCCUCUCACUCUAACGCUCGGAACUUCCUCCUACGAGAGAUGGGCAACCGAGGAGAAUGGUCUCCUCGACGAGAUUAUAACACACCAUGCCCGUCGCAUACGCACCCUUGUCCUGAGAGACUACACCUUUCGCGCGACUCACACCAAAGGAAAACUUGUAGUACAAGUUCUGCGGCCCAUGUGGCACAAGCUUUCUGGGUUGCACCACCUAUCCAUCUAUAUCUACGUCGCGCCAGGCAAAAUUCAUCGCAUGCGAAUCAUGGAGCUGGUUGGCAUGGAUGGACGCAUGAUCAGAGACUGGGCACCCCCUCCAUCUCUUGAGAGCCUGGAGCUAGUCGGCAUCCCUUUCAGCUGGGAGAUCGGGAUGUACGAUAACCUGCUCAGCCUCACGCUUCAGACGAUGAACAUAAUGUGCACGGAUCUAGUCAGUGUACUCUGCCGCAUGAAGCGGAUUGAACACAUAACGUUCACCGAGGUUCAAGUGCUUUCCGAUCCCGCUGUCUCCAACACUGUCGACGUGAAGUUCUCUCCUCCGCCUUCGCUGAGAACAUGGCAUGCAUCCAUCGUUAGACAUCGUACCUAUGAUCUCCUCCUGAAGUUCAUGCGACCUUCCACAUCCAUCACGUACACCCUAGACGUGCAUGGCGAUCCGGAUUACUUGGAUAACAACAUCGCGCAUUUUCUUUCGAAGCACUUCGAUAGCCGCUCUACGUUGCCGCCAGCACUUUCAGCUCAGCUCAGCGUGAGAGCCGAGUGUAGCUCUACGGCCAGCGCCAAAGAUAACGUCCAUGUUGAAACCGCGUUCUCUCGUGGUCUGGGCCGAGAUGCGACCCCUGCCAUUAGGAUCCACUACACGUAUACUCCACUCGAACGAGACAAGGAUACAUCUGAGAAGAAGGGGUAUGAGCCCUCAUGCUACUUGAUCGGUUUUUUCAAGAGGACAUGGGCGUGUAUCUUCCCUACCUUUCACACGGUCAUCGAACUAUCCCUCGACUGCGGUGCGUACUACGACCAUCACGAGCUGUCAGACGCCUUUGACUGGUUUCCACGCAUCACCACCCUGCGUACUCCUCAAGAUACGCUACGAACCGUGCUCACGAUGAUGCUCGAGAGUGGAAGGAUGGUCCCCGAGAUAGAGACGCUGGACGUCUUGCCCAGUCGAUACUACGGGUUCGAAUCGUCGAAGUUCACCAUCGAACUGAUGCGCCAAUGGUUGCGCACGCGCGGAGAAUAUGGCAAACUUCCCACAGUGCUCGUACCCUCGGAGCUUGAUGCUACGUUGGCUACCCAUUUGGGGAAGAAUUGGAGAUCUCGGCAUGCCCAGUAG